GGCAUAUAAACAACUGUUCACAAAAUCAGAGGGUGUUUUAUUUUUAAUAUUUCUUGGAAAAUAUAAACAACAAAUAUUAAAACUGGUAUAAAACAAUGUUAAAGUUUUAAAUAAGUACCCCUCGAAUUUCAGUAGAAAACUUUAUAAUUUGUCUACAGUUUUAUAAUAUUUAAACAAUGGGGCGUAUGCCUAUAGUAACAGGCCUAUCCCCAAAUGAGGGUCCUCCUGGAACAAGGAUCAAAAUACGCGGCGAAAAUUUAGGACAAUCACCCCAAGAUCUUAUAGGAUUAACCAUCUGUGGAGUGGAUUCACUUUUGACUGCUGAAUGGAAAUCGGCAAACAAAAUUAUUGCUAUAUCAGGGCCUAUUAAGGGAAAAGGUGAUGUCAUUGUGACAACUAGAUCAGGAGGAAUAGGAACUUGUAAUGUUACCUUUAAAGGCUACCAUAUUGCUACUAUUGGUCCAAUGAAAGAGAGUGCAGUCUGGGUUGAGGAAACAGAGUUGUUCUCUUGGGGCAGGCAUUCUUUAUCACCAAGCAGCUACCAACAGGAAGAUCCUUUGGGUCUCUCUGUUGAGGACACUGAGAAAAAGAUUCCAGAGGAUGAUUUACUUCAAUUUUACCCUAGAAAAAAUGGUGACAUCACUAGUGAUGGUUUUGCUCCAGGAUGGUUUUUAUUAGAAAAUCAUCAUGCUACUAGUUUUAAUGACCUACAAGCUGGUUUAGUUCACCUACGCCGAAAAGUCCAAGGCCAAAAAGAGGGUCAAUUAUCUUUCCUCAAAGCUAACAUAGGCGCAGUCAUGGACCAACUGGACACCCUGGUAAACCUUAAAGAAAAGUACGAAGCGGACUUACCAAAGUUCGGACACGAACCCACCUUGAAACUGGAAAAGGCCAUUAAGGAAUCCGAACAUGAAGCCAGAAAACUGUUUGAUGACGUCCUAAAUAGGAAAGAUAGAGCUGAAAAGACAAGAAAUGCACUAAACGUUUUAACAAGGUUCCGGUUUCUAUUUUGCUUACCAUGUGUAAUAGAUAGGAACGUUAAAAAGGGAGAUUACGACAUCGUGAUCAAUGAUUACAUCAGGGUGAAGAACUUGUUUCAUAAAACUGACGUUCCCAUUUUUAAAACCGCGCUAAAUGAAAUCGAAAAACGUAUUACUGAUUUGCAAGUAAAGUUGCAUCAAGAUCUACAGACCAUGCCAAUAACUGUAGAACAACAGAAGAGGCUUAUUAGGUAUCUAGUUAACCUGGAAGCGCCAUAUGAUUCCGCCUGGGACGCUAUAAAAGCCCGCUCCGAGUACAUUAACAAAAAAUUCAGCCUCAUCCAUAACUAUCACAAAUCCAUGGACAAGCAGGAAUCAAAAUCGAAACCAGGAAGUGCCUCAAAAUACUCUAAAUAUAAAGAAAUCUCCAGCAUCGAAGUAGCCGUGAUACCAGCGUGUAUAAAUUUAGUAGAUGAGAUUUGUCUAAGCAUAAAAGAAACGUUUCCUGAUUUAUGGAAAAUCGGUCAGGCCUAUUUUUCUGGGGAGUUACAAUGUAAGAUAGAAGCAGGGAGGCAAGUGGAGUACAAACACAUGGUUAUGAAUGUCAUUGAAACAUUUUGCAAAUACGUACGAGCUAGUCUGAUACCCACUACACUCGAGAAAAAUGACAAGACUCAAUAUGGAUCUCUAACUUUGCCUGAUAGAGACGAAAUGGUACUUUAUCUUCCGGAACUGCUACAACAAGUCAGAAGCACUUACUCAACUUUUAUAAAGCUGGAUUUACCCAGUGAAGCUUUAGAUAUAAUAAGUCAGUUACUUUUAGAUUUACGGAUUCAUUGCAUGAGUUUGAUAUUUCAGCAAACUACAGAACAGAUUAAACAGCUCAACGAAAACUGGAAGAUUAACUAUAGCGGCAAAUAUACCGGCGUAACUGGGUUACCGUUAAAGUUUCUUAGUUUUAUCGAAGAUUUGAUUCAAGCUAUUAAAGAAUCGGUGCUAAUAACGGAACAAAGAGAGAUUAUUUUAUUCGAGAAUCAAUUGGCGCAAAAAGAAAUCGAGAAGCAGCUAAAAAAUAUUCUAACAGCAUUUCAUAAUGUUCUGCAUCAGUUAUCAUCUAGUGAAGAUUACGACGAGUUUGAGAAUGGCACCCCAGUGGUAUCCCAAUUAAUUGGAACACCAGUGAGCUCUCACAAAACGGGAAGCCAAAGCAGUGUGCCUAUUUGGGAACACCGACUGUUAAUCAUUUUAUCAAACUGUUUAUUUGUUAAAACUACUGUUCUGGAUAUGGUGGCUGCCAAGUUUAGAGAAAACAAUUUUCCAGCUUUAGACGGCAUAAUCUCUUCUGCCAAAGACCGCCUAGAACAAUUAGAGAAAUCCAUCUUAGACAAAUACUUAGAGCAGAAAAGUGAUCCCUUAGUAGGCACGAUAGAACCGUCAAUGUACUUGGGUCGAUUUGACUGGCAUUUGGCAGUUCCCCCAAAUGAUAUUAGGCCAUAUGUCAAAGAAUGCAUCAAUAAUUUAAUAAACGUUCAUAGUGAAAUUAUCCACAUAUCACCAACCUUGUUGAACGCUGUUUUGCCGCAAGUAGUAGAAACGGUAGCGGAAGAACUGUAUAGAUUGAUGUCUUGUGUUCAGAAAUUUUCUAGAGAGGGUGCUGUACAAGCUAGGGCUGAUAUUAGUGCUUUAAGCGAUAUUUUGGCAGGGUAUUCUACAGAAAACGCUCAAGUGCAUUUCAAAGAAGCGCUUGAAGUAAUACCCUCUUUAGAUAGAACUGAUCAGAUUCUUGUGGAAGAUAUUUUAAGACAAUGUAAGGCCAGAAUGAAGAUACAAGUGAUGUGUUUAAAGAAGAAAUGUUAAAAAAAUUAAAAUAUAAGGUAAAAAUGUGCUGUUUCUUUAAGAACUUUAUUCCAUAUUAUGAGUACUUGAGUAGGGUUCUUCACAGUUUUCACAUCAGAGAUAAUAUAUUUCAAAAUUUUAUUGUAAUAAUAUUUAAUUUUUAUCAAAAUAAAUUAGAUUAAAAAGU